UCCAUUUUCUCUCUCCUCAUCCAUCUAACCUCCUGUCCGCACGAUCUUUUCUUAUCACUCAGUUGGGUCUCUCUGCUUUCUUUUUUUUUCCCAGCCAUCCCUGAUUCGACAACAAUGUUCCGCCUGAGCAACAACCUGAUCGGCAUCCUCAACAUCGCCACCUUCCUCCUCUCCGUCCCCGUCCUCGGGGCCGGCAUAUGGCUCGCCAACCGGGCCGACACCGACUGCGAGAAGUUCCUUGAGAAGCCCGUCAUCGCCCUCGGGGUCUUCCUCAUGGCCGUCUCCAUCGCGGGCCUCGUCGGCGCCUGCUGUCGCGUCUCCUGGCUCCUCUGGCUCUACCUCCUCGUCAUGUUCCUCCUCAUCCUCCUCCUCUUCGCCUUCACCGUCUUCACCUUCGUCGUCACCAACAAGGGCGCCGGGAAGGCCGUGUCCGGUAAAGGGUACAAGGAGUACAAGCUCGGGGAUUACUCCGACUGGCUGCAGAAGCGGGUGAACGGCACCAAGAACUGGAACAAAAUCAAGAGCUGCUUGAUCGACAGCAAGGUCUGCAACGCUUACGCCGAAAAGUAUUCUAAAGAUACUGUGGUGAACGACUUUUACAACGAGCACCUGUCGGCUCUUCAAUCUGGUUGUUGCAAGCCACCAGAUUCUUGCAACUUCACCUACGUGAGCCCGCUCGUCUGGACGGCCAGUUCGACCACGACCUACACGGACUCGGACUGCAAUGCGUGGAGCAACAACUCGACCGUGCUGUGCUACAACUGCCAGUCUUGCAAGGCCGGGCUGCUGGACAACCUCAAGGGCGACUGGAAGAAGGUCGCCAUCGUCAACGUCAUCAUCCUCGUCGUCCUCAUCGUCGUGUACUCAGUCGGGUGCUCCGCGUUCCGGAACAGCCGAGAGGACAACGCCUUCUGGAAGGGGCGGAACCCCUGAAUGUGGAUGCUUGGCCGUGUCA